CCUUGACAACCUUACAACCGAGAGGACGCAACCGACCUGCGAUUCUGACUUUGAGCGCCUGGACAUUCUCGUUUCAAUUGAUAUCAAGCCAAUAUAUACAGCGCCAUCUAUCACGGACCUAUUCCACACACAUAGCCAUACCAAGCCGAGACCGAGAAUGAAGAGCAAUUCGAUCCGAUAGCGUCCGGCGCACCGAAACAACCAUGUCCAACAGAUACGGCCAGUCGUACCGCAACGGCAGCUACGAUGGCCUCGGCCGCCAGGAUGACGAGUACGAUCCGUACGGAGAGGGGUAUGGCAGUGAUCGCAAUGUUGCGCCGUCGCGGCAGGCGAACCCGCGGCCGCCCCCCAGCGCUCGUAAUGGUCCCCCGCCACGGUCUGCCCAGCGCGAGCGGGUCCAAGAGACCAACGCUGAGCGAGAGAUGGGCAAGGUGCUCGAGCUGAUCAAGCAGGAGUGGCCCGCCAUGUGCGAGAAUGACUGCAUUCCCGUUCAACUGGCCCUGCAGCUGCUCGACACCAGCUCUGUCGGCCGCGCCCACGAGUACCGCAACUUCCAGCGCACCCACCAGUACCUGCAGAACUCGCUCAAGAAGAUCGUCCACGAGUAUCAUCAGGGCUUCAACAGCUCCAUCGGCACAUUCCACAAGAUCCAAGGGAGCAUACAAACGUCGCAGAAGAAGGUGCGCGCUCUCAAGGAGUCUCUAGCAGCAUCCAAGGCAGCGCUCUGCACCACGGACCCGGAGCUGAAGAAGCUACAUGCGACAUCACGUAUGUACGAUGGAGUGCUGCAGACGCUCAACGAGCUGGACGAACUGCGCACCGUGCCCGACCAGCUCGAGGCCAGGAUAUCUGAAAAACGGUUCCUUACCGCCGUGGAGGUCCUUCAGAACGCACUGCGGAAGCUCACAAAGCCCGAACUGGAUGGAAUCGGUGCGCUGAGCGAUCUGCGCGCCUACCUGGCGAAUCAAGAGACGGCGCUCUUGGACAUUUUGGUCGAGGAGUUACACGAGCACCUCUACCUCAAGUCGCCCUACUGCCAGGAGCGGUGGCAGAAUCUGGCUAAAAGCCAAGGCGCCCUUAACGAGGCGCUCAAGGACUCGCCCGCGGUUGCCCCUUUCCACGCCAUCCUGGACACCAUCGACUGGGAUCGGUCCGUGGCAGAAGAUCCGCACAAGAAUCCCGAGGCCGACACAUUCUAUUACAUAACACUGUUGGUCGAGUCACUAAACAGACUGGGCAGGCUGGAAACUGCAGUCGACACGCUGAAGCAGAGACUCCCUGUUGAGCUUUUCGCGGUGGUGAACGAGACUAUCAACGACAUUGACCAGAAGCAUCCUAGUUCGUUGAGGGGCGGCUCGCAUGGCUCUCACGGGCUCCACAUAUACGGCCAGCGGGAGACCCGAAUGAGGGCGGAUGUAAUCUACGAUCUUUUGUGGACUCUCUAUGGCAAGUUUGAAGCGAUAGCCGAGGGCCACCGGGUAUUCCACGAGUCGAUCAAGUCUUUGAUCCGUCGCGAGGGAGCUGGCAACAACAUUGCAUUGUUAGGCGGUUUCAAAGAGCUCUGGAAUCUGUACCAGAAUGAGAUCCGCUCCCUGUUGCACAACUACGUCACAACCGAUGCCGAUGUCUACCAGUUCCGCUCCUCCCCUAGGCCGGGCGCUGGCCUGAACGGAAAGGCUGACGCAUCGCGGGAGCAUCUCUUCAAGUUUUCAGAGGCUGAUGCCAAGUCGGCAGAGAUGACAACCGAGUACGAGGCCUUGGAUACCAUCAUUCAAUCUGCCGUGCCCGGCUUGACCUCCAACUUGCGGAAGGGGUUAGAUGGCAAAAAAGCGGCUCUAAUCGUGCCACGCUCCGAUCUGGCAACCAGCAGGAAGAGCACCGGCUACGGUACCAACCAACAAGGCAGCGGGACGUACAAAUCCCUCGUCGAGCCCAGUGUGUUCAAUAUGAGCCUGCUCUUACCACCGACGCUUGUCUUCCUCCAGCGGCUGAAGAAUAUUGUCCCGCCCGGGUCCGACCUGGCCACGAGCACUUUGACCACGUUCCUCGACAACUUCCUCGUCAAUGUGUUCCAACCACAACUAGAUGAGACGCUUGGAAAGCUCAGUGACACCGUCUUUGGCGAAGCGGAUGCCUUUUUCCAGGACCCGGAUUGGACCGACGUUGCCAAGCGGCCCAUCUUCAAGGGAGCAACUGCCUUCUUCACAAUUGUAACUGCAUUCUGCAGAAUGCUGGGGACAAUCCCCCACGACCAGGCGCUUAGCUCGCUCAUCAUCACUCAAAUGCUUAGGUACUACGACAGGUGCUUCAACUGGUACAAGGCUCUCGUGACCAAGACGCAGGAAGAGGCAUCGACUGCUCAGGAAUUGCGGGCGUCUGCCGUCAUGGCCCUCGAACCCAGCGAGAUCCACGAGACGAUGCAGAAGCUGUGGCAAGCCGAGACGGCAGACCGUGAGCUUCUGGAAAAGGAAGCGAGUUUGCUCAUUGCUCGGACCAAGGAGAAGAAGCUCGAACCCAGCGACAUCAUCCAGGACCGCGACACUAUUUCGUCACUCUGCCUGCUGUACACCAGCAUGAAGUGGUUGUCGGUCAAGAUCCUCAGCCUCCGGCAUAUCACGCAGAACGAGACGGACUCGUCCAGGUCCAGCCUACCGAAACCGGAAAGGAAGCGUUGGACGCUGCUCAACGACCCCAACAAGGCCACGGCAGAGGAGGGGCCCGUCUACCUGCCUAUGACGCAGGAGACAGUCCAAUCCUUCGACAGCAUCCUGACCUCAUACUCGGAGCUGGCCUCGGUAGCCCUCCGCACACUGCACAUGGAGAUCCGCUGCCGGAUCGCGCAGUCGCUACACACGGCGCUCUCCCCCGCCGCCACUGCACCCUACCUACUCGAGCAGGACGUGGCCGAGCCAGACCCGGAGGUCCUCUCGCUCAACGCGGAGCUGGUGGCGUUUGACGAGACGGCGUCACGCUUCCUGCGGGAGCGGGAGGCGAGCUUUGUACGGACGGGCCUCGCGCUGCUCGUCAACGCCUUCCUCAUCGCCAACGCGCCCAUGGUGGCGCCCAUGAACGCGAAAGGUUGCGGCCGCAUGCAGCUCAACAUCUUGGUGCUCCAGCAGAACCUGAAGAAUAUCGAGGCCGCGGGCGUCGAUCUGGGACGGGCCGCUAGGUACUUUGAGCUCUUUGAUCUCGGCCCGGACGAGAUUGUUAAGAAGGCCAAGGAGGAUAGCCUUGCGGCCAGGACGCCGCAAGCUGAGGGGGAGUCGGGGACGGAGGAGGUUGGGAAUGGGGAUGGGAAUGGGAAUGGCGCGGACAAAGGCCAGAGUAAGAGUGGCAGUGGCAGUGGCAGUGGGGAUGUGCGAUUUACGUACGACGAACUCAAGGCGUUGCUGGAGUUGUGCUAUAGCGAGCAGCUGGCAGAUCCGGAAAGGGGCGUGGCUGCUGCUGCCAAGAGGCAGAUGGCUGACAAGUUGCUUGCGCUGAGCGAGUACAUGUGGCAGAGUUGAGGCAGUCAGUCUCGGUGGUGAUGAUGGGUUUGCCCGGGUUUGGUUGCGCUGGAAAGCAGGUUCUGGAGUUUUAGGGGUAGCGUUGACCAUUGAUUGGGGGUGUGGAACGGCAUCUGGAAUUGAGGCUUCUUUAUGCCAGCUUGCUCCCCCUUGGUUUCUUUGCGUGGCAAGUGCGUAGGGCGAUUAAUUGUCCAGCAUCGAUCAGAUGAUUUAAGCACAGCAGCAUCAACCUUCAGAUCUAGACAUGCUCAUGCCAC